GUGCGGACAGUUUAGUCGACGGACCGGAGGUGAGGCGCAUGCGUGAUUCUUGUGCGUCUCUCGGCUUUUACCCAGAUAAAGUAACCCGUUCUUCACAAAAUCUAAGUGUAGGCUUCACUGAGAUGUCUGCGUCUUUGAUCCGGAAAGGCCUGGAUCUGUUCAGCGAUGAUAUAAAAGAUGAAACAAAGACAGAAAGACAGAAGAAGAAGAAAAAAGCAGGAGCUGAAGUAAUGGAGCAGAUUAGCUCCAACAGGAUUGGGGUCAAGCGGCAAGUAAGGAGAAUACGAGGCAUGGUUGGCAAGAAGAAGAAUCAGGCCACCGUGAAGAGCAAAGUUGUUAAGUCGGCUGUCGAGGAAUAUAAGAAAAGAGCAAACAACAGUCAUCUAGAAAAAAACCUGAAGUAUAUGCUGUAUACAAGGUUUUCCCCUGACUGUUCCAUAACAGAGAAGGUUAUACACCAGAAUUAUGGCAGAAAAUCCCGUGAUCAACCUAGUCAAAAGAAGGAAAACAAAUCUGAGAAGUCUAUAUUCACAGAAGCAGAUUUCCAGCAUUUCCAGAAGGAUUACUUUGGACGUCAAGUGGAGAGGAAAUGAGAUUUUACAAGACACUACUUGAAAAGGCGCCUUUGCUGCUUUUUGAGGGUUAAUGUGUAACAAAUGAAUUCAGCCUGAAUGUUUUGGAAUGGACUUAUUUCUCUUCCAGAGAGAGAGAUCAACAUUUGGAGAAAUUCAAAAAUGAAUAUGUGCCAAGGUAUAAAUCUGUUACUAUUCAGGCCUGAAGAGAGAUGGCAGAAAACCACGAGGGCCAGUUGUGCUCUAGUGAAAUGUGCAGAAUGUAAUGUACUGAAGUUAAUAACUGCCACCCACUGUGAAUGUCUUCUUUCACUUUUUAUUGUCUUGGUAAAGUCAACAUACUUUACGUUAUGAUCAUUGUUAGGGGGGAAAAAAAAAUGAACGAAGAGAUUUGGUAUCAUUUCAGUAAUGAAUUGCAUUGGUAUAAUUUCAUUUUGUAAAUUACUGGGCAACCUUUUUUGGGUACUGGCAAUAAGCAGAAGGAAAUACUAAACUUUUAUUCAUAUAAAAAUAAUAGUAAUAAUGUAAUAGAAUUGGUUUACACUGCCUGCAAGGAUGAUCCAGCCGUCUACAGUGCACAUAUGUUUUGAAAAAAAUCUGCAUUUCAGAAAGAUGAAUUUUUAAUUUAUAAAGACAAUAAAACAAUUCCUAAAAUCAAACAAACCUUUUACAGACAUUCUUGCUACUGCCUAGUAAAACCUGGAUACAUUAUUAGAUAAAAUGUAUAUACACUCAUAGGUUGAUUUUUUUUUUUUCGUUGAAGAUUGGCUGCUGUCAAUUCUUUAUUACAUCAUUUAUAUUAACCAUUACUUCAUUAUCUUUAACAUGUGUACUGUAGUAUGGCUGACUCUUCAUGAUUUGUGUACUUAUUUAUCUAAAAUAAAUGAAUUUAUAAU